UUGCUUUUCACAGCGAGUUGCUCACGCAUCGGAUCAGAGUAUCAAGCUGUUGUUCCGGAUUUUGUCUACGCGCCGAACAUUCCUUAUCAAUCGUCUUCGUCAAAUCUCGAGAUCAAUGUAUGGAGGCCAUCGAUGGCCCCUCUCUCUUCAGUUCUAGAGGCUUUUUUUCAAGAAGCUUCGAAAAAUAGCUUCUCCAAAGAGGCUGUGCAUGUUUUUCUACACUGUCACAAUUACGAUAUUUCUCGUUCGUUGACUGACCUGCCAAAUUAUCACCCCCUUCUGAAUACUUGGAACAAACAUGAAGUGCAGAGAUUUCUCAAAUGUGUUGAUAGCAAGCCUCGAAAAAACUUCGUUAAUGUGAAACGAUCGGUAAGUUUUCAUUUGCAAAAUGCAUGUGCCAAUUGGUUUAAAAAUCUCCCAAGACUAAUUUCCCUGUUAUAA